CCCGAAGCUGGCCGCGGGGCGGCGGGCCUCUGCUUCGCCCACCCUGGAGCCCUGGUUUUCCCUCGAAUGCAGGUCCGGGUCCCAGCCCUCCUCGCACUCCUCCUCGGUCCUCAUGGCAGACGCCCGAGGGCAGGGGCUGGAGACGGUGUCGGUGUGCUCGUUGUCGCCGCCGCCGAGCUACAGCAAUUCCACAAUGUCGCUGUUGUCUCCUCUCGGCCACCAGAGCUUCCCUUUUGACGACGACGGUGGUGAGGGGGAGGAUGAGGACGACGUGGACCCAGAUGCUCAUGACUCAGAGGCCAAGGUGGCAAGCUUGAGAGGAAUGGAGUUACAGGGAAAAUUGAAUGGAGCUGAAUCAGAAAAUAACCAAGAAGAGAAACAGACAGGCUUACCAGAAGGCAGCCUGACACCCUGGGAAGUCUGGUUUGUUGGCAAAGAAAAAGAAGAACGUGACCGUCUGCAACAGAAAGCUCAGGAGGAAUUGAAUCAACAGCUAGAAAAAAGAAAAGAAGUGGAAGAACAUGAAAAAAGGAAAGUAAUUGCUGAAGAAAAACACAAGGAAUGGGUGCAGAAAAAGAAUGACAGAAAAGAAAGGGAACAGAAAAUUAAUAAGGAAAUGGAGGAAAAAGCAGCAAAGGACCUGGAGAAAGAACACAUGCAAGAGAAAGCGAAAGAAAAAUAUCAAGAAUGGUUAAAGAAAAAUGCUGAAGAAUGUGAGAAGAAGAAGAAAGAAAAGGAAAAAGAAAAACAACGGCAAGCUGAAUUACAGGAAAAAAAGGAAAUAGCAGAAAAAAAGUUUAAGGAAUGGUUGGAAAAUGCAAAAAAUAAACCUCAUCCAGCUGCAAAGAGCUAUGGUUAUGCCAAUGGAAAGCUUACAGGUUUUUAUAGUGGGAAUUCUUAUCCAGAGCCAGCCUUUUAUAACCCAAUUCCAUGGAAACCAAUUCAUAUGCCACCUCCUAAAGAAGCUAAGGCUCUAUCAGGAAAGAAGACCAAAAAGCCUGUGAUAAGUCAGCCACACAGGUCUUCAUCUCUGGUAAUUCAUAAAGCCAGAAACAAUCUUUGCCUUGGAACUCUGUGCAGAAUACAAAUAUAAUAUAUAUGAGAAAUUGCAUGCUUUUACCCGGAACUGUUUAAUUUUAAAAUCAAAUCUUUUUUUUAUUGCUUAGUCAGUAGCUUAACAUUCAAUGUGAUUAUUGACAAGUUCAAAUUUUUGCAUUUGUAUAUGGAGUCCUUAGAGUUAAUGAAGAAGACAUAUUAUACAUUUUCAUUUUUAUAAAUGCUUCAAAGUUGAUCUUGGCAUAUUGUUUCAAAGGAUAAGUGAUUGAUUAUAUGAUAAUUGUGUUUGUGUAUAACAUUUAUUAAAACUACAUUGUAAUACCCAU